GCUUAGCUCAGUAUAUGAUUUCCUAUGUUGGUUCCAGUCCACCAGUAUAGGGAAGCGAGUGAGAUUAACUAGCAAAAAGAGAGAAACUACCUCGCCAAGUCUGAGACUCGGAGCAAAGUCCUGUGUGUGUUCAAUCACAUGGUAUUUUAAGAAUGCUCCAAAGAUGGCGGUAGCAACAGCAGUAUCAACAAGCAUAGUGCAAAAAAGUGGGUUUCUGGAAGUUUUAGUCCGCGAUCGGUGGCACAAAGUGUUGGCAAACUUAAGGGAAGAAACGCUAACGUUGAGCUGCGAGGAUUUUGGGGAGAAUGUCAACUUUAACGGCAUCACCAAUGGAUCUCACGGGAGCAACUCCUCUGGUCACCCUCAUCCCACAAAUAGUCCCAAAACUACAGUGCGGACCGCUUUCACUGAUUUGCCGGAGCAAGUGCCAGAAGCGAUCGCUAACCAGAAAAGGUGCGUGAAGGUCGUGAAGCAAGAGAUCGGAGGGCUAGGGAUCAGCAUCAAAGGGGGGAAGGAGAACAAGAUGCCGAUUCUGAUCAGCAAGAUUUUCAAAAGUCUAGCUGCAGACCAGACCCAGGUUCUGUUUGUAGGGGAUGCGAUCCUGUCUGUGAACGGAGUGAACCUGAGGGACGCCACUCACGAUGAAGCAGUUCAAGCAUUGAAAAGAGCUGGGAAAGAGGUGACACUGGAAGUGAAGUACAUGCGGGAGGCAACCCCCUAUGUGAAGAAAGGAUCUCCAGUCUCUGAAAUUGGAUGGGAGACACCCCCACCGGAGUCCCCUCGCCUAGGCAGUGCCUCCUCCAAGCCUCCCUCUCCUCCAGCCUUCUCUCUCCAUGGAGACAAGAGAUACAUAUCACUGAAAAUGUGCUAUGUCACGCAGAGUUUGACCAGAUUGGACCCAGAGAACAGGCAGUUUGAACUUCACUCCCCAGAUGCCAGGCACACCGUGGUCCUGAGAUGCAAAGACUCAGCCACAGCACAGGGCUGGUUUAGUGCUAUACAAUCCAACGCUAUUAACUCAGUUGCCAAGGUUAUAGCAGAAGUCAAAGAGCAGACUGGAAGAACUGGGAUCGCUGGGAGUCAAGAAAUACGACAUCUAGGCUGGCUUGCAAAAAAGCUGGAGCAUGAGAAGCAGCACUGGAAGCCGGUUUUGGUGGUUGUAACUGAGAAAGACCUGCUUCUGUAUGACAGCAUGCCAAGAAUGAAGGAGGCCUGGUACAGCCCUGCUCACACCUACCCUCUGCUGGCUACCAGGCUUGUUCAUUCAGGUCCAGGGAUGGGGUCACCACAGCCAGGAGUAAAACUGUCCUUUGCAACUCGAACAGGCACCAGACAUGGCAUCGAGUCCCAUCUAUUCAGAGCAGAGACCAGCAAGGAGCUGUCUGAGUGGACCAGGCACAUAGUACAGGCCUGCCACAACUCAGUCGAGCUUGUAAAGGAAAUCACCACAAGUUGUACAUACAAGAACCAAGAAUGCCGUCUGACUAUUCACUACGAGCAAGGGUUCAAUGUGUCAGCUGAUCUGCAGGAAGGGGCUUUGUUAAAAUCCCUUUUUAAUUAUCCUUUUGAGAAAUUGAAAAUGUCCUCGGAUGAUGGUGUGAGGAUGUUUAUUUUAGACUUUGGAGGAAAGGAGGGUGAAAUUCAACUCGAUCUCCACAGUUGUCCGAAGCCCAUCGUUUUUAUUCUUCAUUCAUUUCUCUCUGCAAAGAUUGCACGACUCGGCUUGGUGGCACAAGACAGAUUGGCUGCUGAGUGACUGAUCAAACGUCUCAGAACAGAUCAAUACGUCUUUUUAACAUGGUACAAAAAAAAUUGUAAAAUGGGGCCAAGUUGGACCCAGAAACUCAAGGGUGUUUUGGGACAAAGAACAUUUGUUAAUUUGUUCACAUUGAAAUAAAAUGUAAUUUAAAAGUG